CUUCACCGCACAUAUAAAACCAAAAUAAAUAGAAAAAUCUUUUCCUUUUCUACAAACAAAAUGGACACCAAAUCCCAUUGACGACGAUUCAAGGAAAACAAUCAGAAAAAAAAAAUACAGAUCUGGUCUUUUUGUUUAUCAAAUUGCAAUUCAGUUCAGUUCUCAAUUGAAUUAUAAGUUUUGAAGCAAUGUCAGGUGUAUCACUUCAGUGUGGUGAUUGUGGAACUCUUUUCAAAUCCGUAGCAGAAGCACAAGAACAUGCUGAAGUUACCUCUCAUGCUAACUUCUCUGAAUCUACUGAAGCUGUUCUUAACCUCGUCUGUACUGCUUGCGGCAAGCCUUGCCGCUCCAAAACGGAGAGUGAUUUGCACACCAAGAGAACUGGGCACACAGAAUUUACGGACAAGACAGCAGAGGGAGUGAAGCCAAUCAGCCUGGAGGUGCCAAAGGUAAAGGCCAACGAUGAUGAAGACAUGGCAGAGGGUGGUGAUUACAGUGGUACAGGCCAGCAUGAAGAAAUGGUUGUUCCUGAAGUUGACCAAAACCUGCUAUCGGAACUCGAGACAAUGGGAUUUCCCAAAGCUAGGGGUAUCCGGGCACUCCACUUUUCUGGCAAUGCCAGCUUGGAGGCUGCUGUAAAUUGGGUUGUAGAGCAUGAAAGUGACCCAGACAUAGAUGAAACACCAAUGGUGCCUGCCAGUGCCAAGAAAGCUGAGGCUCCAAAGCCUUCUCUUACUCCAGAGGAAAUAAAGAUGAAACAACUAGAGUUGAGGGAGCGUGCUCGUAAAAAGAAGGAAGAGGAAGAGAGACAAAGGGAAAGAGAGAGAGAAAAGGAAAGAAUUAGAAUUGGUAAGGAACUCCUGGAAGCAAAACGGAUUGAGGAAGAUAAUGAAAGAAAACGUAUAAUAGCAUUGCGCAAGGCUGAAAAAGAGGAAGAACAAAGAGCUAGGGAGAAAAUUCGUCAGAAGCUGGAAGAAGAUAAGGCAGAAAGAAGAAGGAAGCUCGGUUUGCCACCAGAAGAUCCUGCUUCCCCCAAACCUUCUACACCUGUUGUGGAGGAAAAAAAGAGCUCAUUUUUGCCUGUCAGACCAGCUACAAAGGCAGAGCGAAUGAGAGAGUGCCUACGAACUCUUAAACAGACCCACAAGGACGACGAGGCUAAAGUCAAGACCGCUUUCAACACGCUGCUAACUUACGCAAAGAAUGUCGCUACAAAUCCCAAUGAGGAGAAAUUUCGCAAGAUUAGACUUAGUAAUGCUGCUUUUCAGGAUAGAAUUGGCAAGCUGCAAGGAGGCAUUGAGUUUCUUGAGCACUGUGGAUUUGAGAAAAUUGAAGGAGGUGAAUUCUUGUACCUGCCAAGAGAAAAGGUGGACAUGGCAGUGCUUAAUACUGCUGGAGCAGAGUUGAACAAUGCUAUUAAAAAUCCCUUCUUUGGAGUCCUCUAAAUUCUAAUUCUCAUACAUUAGUUAAGAUGAAUAGUGACGGAUGUUUUUUAUGUCCAACAUUUUCCCCUUUGUUGAUUGAAGGUUACUUGAGCUAUAUAACUGAAACUGCAAAAGCUACUAAGGUUUGGUUGAGUCAUGUCCCUUUUGAACCAUUUUUUUUAUCUACAAAGCUUUUUUCCUCCACCUGGAGUCUACCGAAAACAA